AGGGGGAAAAUCGCUCCACUUUUCUCGUGCAUACAUCGAUUUGGAAAAGAAAUUUGUCGCAAAUUGCAAUAAUAAUUUAAUCGCGUUAAUUUUACAUUUGCAAAUAUAAUAUUGGUUACAAUCAACCAAUGUUCCCAUUUAAUGUGCAAGUGAAGCAUACCGCUUUAAUACGCUUGCAUAUGUAUGUAUGUACAUACACCAACUGUUAAAAUCGGCAGAUGGAUAUUGCGAUUGUGUGUGUUCAUGUGAAUAAUUGUGAUAGUGUGCAUUGAAAAAUGAGGCGUAGGUGAUGAAAAUUGUCGGGAGGAUGCCAUUUGCUGAAGUUAGAACCCACUUAUUACAUGCAAACGUGGUCUGCAGGCAAAACAGACGCAAAAGUAAAAAAAUUCCUACAGUUAGUGCGUGUUCCCUUCCAUAAGCCGGCUUAUUAAAUCUGACUUCUAUAAAACUUGUUCUUCUAAAGCAACAUUGUUUGCAGCUCCGCCUAACCUUUGCAAAAUACGUCAACGAGACAACAAAAUUAUAGGGAUUUGUGGGGAAAAUGUGCAAAUGUGUGUUUGUUAAAUUGUUUAGCCAAAAUUAUUUGUUUACCUAGUAUAACAAAAACUAUCUUUAUCUGGAUUCAUCCAACAGCAAAAGCAACAGCAAUAACGAAAAUAUUUUGAAGCACCAAAUAGGCAUCCACAGCAAACACACACAAGUUGAGAUACAGAGAUACAAAAUUUAACAUAACUCAAAUCUGAAUACAACAAUAAAAAAACAAGGAAAAAUAACCUAAUUAAUUGUAACAAAGGAAAUGCUCAAGUGAAACAGAUAUAUUAAUGUCAUCUACAGCAACAGCUGCUCAGAAAACUCAGACAAAAGAAGAAAAAUAAAAUUAGAAACAGAUAUAUUCACAACAGUAAGAUAACAAGUCGGUUAAAAAAAAGCGUGGAAAAGCUCUUGUGCUUACUACAUAUGCAUUGGACGCUAGCGCGACAUGCAUGCACGUUAUAAACGAAUAUCACAUUUUGCACUGGACGUUUUAAAGCGAUCUAAAUAAGACAAACUUCAGUUUAUUAUCAAAAUUCUGUAAUAAGUGAUUGCAUUUUAAGAAAAAACUGCCGAUCAACAAACUUGCACAUUCGGGAAGAAUACACAAGAGCCGAUAUUAAUACAACGAGAUGCAGCGUCGCGAACGUCAGACAAGUGGCGGUGGUCCGCAGACGACAACUGCCGGUCCAUCUGCAGGUAAUGUGGCAAAUGCCACAGCGCUGGCCAGUGGUAAAAGUACAAGCAAUAAUAUGUAUUCCACCCGCCAAUCUGUAAGUACCACAACCGGUGUUCUUAUGGUCGGACCAAAUUUUCGUGUGGGGAAAAAAAUUGGCUGUGGCAACUUUGGCGAAUUGCGUUUAGGUCGUCGAAUGUGUUGCUUUGGUGGCGGAUCUGUUGGGGGUUGUGUAUCCGGUAGUGAAAAAGGCAAAAAUCUUUACAACAAUGAACAUGUAGCAAUAAAAAUGGAGCCUAUGAAGUCAAAGGCUCCCCAACUUCAUUUAGAGUAUAGGUUUUAUAAACUAUUAGGAUCACAUGCUGAUAACGCUCCAGAAGGCAUACCACGCAUUUAUCAUUUGGGCACUUGUGGUGGUCGUUACAAUGCCAUGGUUUUAGAAUUAUUGGGAUUAUCAUUAGAGGAUCUCUUCAAUAUUUGCUCCCGUAAAUUUUCACUAAAGACUGUAUUGAUGAUAGCAAAACAACUUCUCCACCGGAUCGAAUAUGUACAUAGUCGACACUUAAUAUAUAGAGAUGUUAAACCAGAGAAUUUUCUCAUAGGCAGAACAUCAACAAAACGGGAAAAGAUUAUACACAUUAUUGAUUUCGGUUUGGCCAAAGAAUAUAUUGAUUUAGAUACAAAUAGACAUAUACCAUAUCGGGAGCAUAAAUCCCUAACUGGCACCGCACGCUAUAUGUCCAUCAAUACACAUAUGGGACGGGAACAGUCAAGACGGGAUGAUCUGGAGGCGCUUGGUCAUAUGUUCAUGUACUUUUUAAGAGGUUCACUGCCAUGGCAAGGUCUUAAGGCUGAUACACUCAAAGAGAGAUAUCAAAAAAUUGGUGAUACGAAACGUGCAACGCCCAUUGAGGUUCUUUGUGAUGGCCACCCUGAAGAGUUUGCAACAUAUUUGCGUUAUGUGCGGCGGUUAGACUUUUUCGAAACCCCCGAUUAUGACUUUCUGCGAAGACUGUUUCAAGACUUAUUCGAGCGUAAGGGUUAUGCUGAUGAGGGGGAAUUCGAUUGGACAGGGAAGACAAUGACUAAGGAGCAGCUGGAUCAGAUGAAAGUUCUUAAAAACGCGCCCCCAUCUUAUUUGGCUAAAAACAAAUCGGAAAAGUCAACGCCCGUCGGAUCUUUGCAAACUGGCCAUGAAGUCAUCAUUUCACCAAAUAAAGAUCGUCAUAACGUUACAGCCAAGGAUGUCUCCUUUUUUGAUUUUGAUGAUGUCGAUAAUAAGAUUGAUGAGUAUAUAAUGCUUCAAACAAAUGCCAAAGGAGGUGUUGCAGCGUGGCCUGAAGUGCCUAAGCCGGGUGCUACACAUGGUAAUUUGACUCCCGCCGAUCGGCAUGGAUCAGUACAGGUUGUAAGUUCUACAAAUGGUGAAUUGAAUGCAGACGACCCAACGGCAGGACACUCUAACACACCCAUCACACAACAGCCUGAAGUGGAACUUGUCGAUGAAACAAAUGGUUCCUUAUAUUCCAGAUGUUGUUGCUUCUUUAAGAGAAAGAAGAAGAAAUCUACGCGCCAAAAAUGACUAGACGGUGUACAAUGUAGUCCAGAACGCGAAGCAGUUACACUACUGCGAGCCACUUCACAUUCAAACUCAAGGGAUAGCGUGUUGAAUAAUCCAAGCCAAGAUUAUUUAGAGCAAGCAACGUCGCAGCACACGUUGCGCUAUCCUCCAUCCGCGUCAAUGCUGACGACAACACCAACUACAAAUACACCGACACUUCCGUUGUAAUUUAUAAAAAUACUGAAAGCUAACUAACAGGAAAAACUUA